UUUUGACACUUGGCGCCAAAACAAGCGUUCUGCUGUCAUUCUUUUUUUUGUGCGAAUCUCACAAAAGCAAUUUUUGCACACAACAAGACAAACGCAAGCACAUUUAAUUGUAAAAAGCCGCACAGGAAAGCAGCUAAAACGUAAUUUAUUGAAAAAAAUAAUUGUGUAAAUAAGUGAUUUAAAAAAGAAAACAAAAUGUUCGAAGCCCGUUUAAUCAGUGCUACUAUCCUAAAGAAAAUCUUGGAUGCCAUCAAAGAUUUGUUAAAUGAAGGCACCUUCGAUUGCAGUGAUUCCGGCAUACAACUACAAGCCAUGGAUAAUUCUCAUGUUUCCUUGGUUUCUUUAACUUUACGAAGUGAUGGCUUUGACAAAUUCCGCUGUGAUCGCAAUAUAUCCAUGGGCAUGAACCUGGGCAGCAUGGCUAAGAUUUUAAAGUGUGCCAACAAUGAUGACACCGUUACCAUUAAGGCCCAAGAUAAUGCCGAUACUGUGACCUUUAUGUUUGAAUCACCCAAUCAUGAAAAGGUUUCUGAUUACGAAAUGAAACUUAUGAAUCUCGAUCAGGAACACUUGGGUAUACCCGAAACCGAUUAUUCCUGUGUAGUGCGUAUGCCUUCGAUGGAAUUUGCCCGCAUUUGCCGUGAUUUGGCACAAUUCAGUGAGAGCAUGUUGAUUUGCUGCACCAAAGAGGGUGUGAAAUUCUCGGCCUCCGGUGAUGUAGGUUCAGCCAAUGUUAAAUUGGCUCAAACUUCCAGUGUAGACAAGGAGGAAGAGGCUGUGGUCAUAGAAAUGCAAGAGCCUGUUACACUUACUUUCGCCUGUCGUUACCUGAAUGCCUUUACCAAGGCCACACCCUUAUCGGGACAAGUACAGUUGUCUAUGUCGGCAGAUGUUCCUUUGGUGGUUGAAUAUCGCAUACAAGAGCUGGGCUAUAUACGUUACUAUUUGGCGCCUAAAAUUGAGGAUGAUGAAAGCUAAACUACUGGUAGUUUAUAAGUUCUGUUGCGUUUAAGUUGAAAAGAAAAAAUCACCCAAAAUGCUUGCUUACACACACCUGUUUUCAGUUCAUUCUUGUUAAUUUAGGUAUUCCCGGCAUAAAUAAGUUUCUUUUAAAUAGCAUGAAGUAGAUUUGUUUCAUUUGCAUUUUAUAAGAGAAAAAAAAAACACACAUUCUUUAGUAAUUUUAAGUUGGAAACUAUUAAGUUUUCUUUAUUUUAUUUGCACAAUUAUUAUUUCUUUACAUAAAAUUGUUUUUGGUGAAAAUCUUCUCCAGAAAAAGGGAAGAUAUUUUUUAUAUAAAAUAAACUAUUCGAAAUUGUUUAAAAAA